CAUAUUUGACUUUGGAAGUAACCUCUUCAAGCUUUGGAAGUAACCUCUUGGCAAGAAUGUGCAAGAUAUCAUUUUCCGACUGGUGACAAUAAAGAAAUUUUCUUGGAGGAUAUGUAAGAUUGUGACCUGGACAACGUGAUUGUUGGCACGAGUUUUCUUCUCUGUUAUAAGCACCCAUUGCUUCAUUGUAUUUGUAGGUUUGCUACAAAGAGCAGGGCACCAUAUUUGUUCUUUUCAUUGGUAUUAAAAACAAAAAACUUCUGGCGGGCUCUAUAUUUGGCUUAAAGUACCUGUGGCACUGGUGUGCAGCAUGUUUUUCUCGGGGAACUAGGAAGAAAGUACAAGUCUGUGUUGGCAUUGUCCAUCUAGUCUACGUUGCAAUUAAGAGCUUAUGUCUUAUUUCUAAGGGUCGCUGAAUAUACACAACUUUGGUCUUUUUACCGAGGCCCACUGUGAUGACCACUGCGGUAACUAGAUCAUGGUUCAUCACAUUGGAUGUAUACAGCUUGGAAGUCAUUUCUUGCGUGAAGAUUUUUCUAUACCACCAAUUUGUUGAAGAUGAUAUCAUGUUUGGACAUAUUUGAUGAUGGCAACUGCAUAGCUCAGUUUGGAAGUGACCGUUACUUUGUGAUGAAUCAUUUCAGAAGAAACGUUUUCCCUCACUGUCCUUUCUAGAUUCCAGCAUAUCCUCUAGUAUGGUGGUUGUUACUAUCAGCAUUCUUGUUCCAGUCUUGGGCAUUGAAGGAGGCUGGUUAUGGUUCGGAGCUAAAGUUGUUGAGUCAGGAGUUGUUGGAAUCGGCGAGAAAGCCCGAGUUCUUUGAAUGGAUGAGAGGGUUAAGGAGAAGAAUCCAUGAGUACCCAGAGCUGGGAUUUGAGGAACACAGGACAAGUGAGCUCAUCAGAGCUGAGCUUGACAAGAUGGGAGUGGAAUACAAGUGGCCUGUUGCCAAGACUGGAGUGGUGGCUUCUAUUGGGUCUGGGGGUAAACCAGUUUUUGCUCUUAGAGCUGACAUGGAUGCUCUCCCCUUGCAGCUGUCCUUAGGCGUGUUUCUCAACCUUGCAAUGAGCCAUUUGCCAAACUCUGAUUGCACGCUGACAAAUAAAAGAAGGAAAAACUCUAAUUGCAUAGAAUUAGUAGACUGGGACCACAAGAGCAAGAUCAAAGACAAGAUGCAUGCCUGUGGUCAUGAUUCCCAUGUAGCAAUGCUACUUGGAGCAGCCAAGUUACUCCAGAGCAAAAGAGAUGAAUUGAAGGGAACUGUGAAACUAGUUUUCCAGCCUGGAGAAGAGAGUUAUGCUGGUGCUUACCAUAUGUUGCAAGAUACUGCUCUAAAUGACAUCUAUGCCAUCUUGAGUAUACAUGUUUUACCAUCAUUUUCCACUGGUGUCAUUGCCUCCAGUCCUGGACCAAUUCUUGCUGGUGCUGGGCUCUUCUCAGUCACAAUUCAAGGGAAAGGUGGACACGCAGCUGCCCCUCAUGAGACUAAAGACCCGAUUCUCGCAGCAGCCUUCUCAAUCCUUGCCCUCCAACAGAUUGUAUCUCGAGAAACCGAUCCUCUACAGUCCAGGGUGGUUUCUGUUGGAUUCAUAAAUGGAGGUCAAAGACACGAUGUAAUACCAGAGACAGUGAAGUUUGGAGGAACUUUCAGGAGCUUGACCACUGAAGGUCUCGCCUACAUUAAGGAAAGGAUCAAAGAGGUUAUAGAAACACAAGCAGAUGUGCAUAGAUGCAGUGCCAUGGUGGACUUCAUGGAGGAUAGCAGACACAUGCCUCAUCCAGUGAUGGUAAAUGAUGAAGCACUGUAUGAACAUGUGAAGAAGGUUGGUGAGAGCCUACUUGGGAAACCCAAUGUUCAGCUUCUCCCAGUGACCAUGGGAGCAGAGGAUUUCAGUUUUUUCACACAAAAAGCAGCUGCUGCAAUUUUUGUGAUUGGGAUACAAAAUGAGACUCUGAAGUCAAAUCAGCCAUUGCACUCACCUUACUUUUUUAUUGAUGAAGAGGCUCUUCCAAUAGGUGCAGCACUUAAUGCUGCUGUGGCAACCUCAUACUUAAAAAACCAUGUUGUUGAGACUUCCAAGAAACAUGGGUUUGUUUCUACUUCUCCAAAUGAAGAACUCUAGGACACAUCAAUGUACGAAGGCAAACAUGCAUGAUAAUGAUAAUAUAAUAAUAAGAGUAGUAAUAAAUGUGUGGUUAUCAUUAUAUCACAAA